UUUCGAUGAUCUCGAUCGAUCGCGCGUAAUCGAUAACAUAGCUGCCUGCGGCGUCUGGCGUCGUAACGUUCCCGCGCAAUGUCAAGUUUCCUCUUGUCGAUUCGAAACGGAAAGCUCGUCCAGACGUAUCAGGAAGGAACAAAAGGAUGUCAGAAAACUUUACAAGUGACAUCGAUCGGCUGUACGAUGCGGUCAACAGCAUCCACAAAUCUUUGCAGUGCACAAUCUGUUUGGAAUUGAUGAUAGAGCCUGUGAAGACAAGAUGUGGCCACUCCUUCUGUAAGUUGUGCGCAGCAGAGGUCUUGCAGAAGAAAUCUUCAUUUUGUCCAUUGUGUAAGAAAAAGCUCGACAGACGCAAUAUUUCCAAGGAUAAUCAUUUACAGUUAUGCAUAGAAAAAUUUACAGCACUUGUCUCUGCUAUCGAAACAGACAGUCACAUUGACAUAUUAUCGUAUUCAAAACGACCGCAUGAUACGAAGGAAAGCUGCUCCGAUACAUGCGUUAACAAAAACUCCAGAAGAUUAUCAUCGAAAACGCAAUCCACUCAUCAAAGUUCAGAAAGACAAAUAGAAAAAUCGUUCAGCAGUCGAGAAACGACGAUUAACCGUGGUGAUCAGCAAUUCAAUUCGAGCUUGUUAAACAAAAAAUCUAUAUCGAACGCAUUCAGCAAAGUAGGUUUUACCGACGAUGUAAAUGACAUGCCAGAAAUCAAAGUUCGUACGUGGCUUCAUACCUUACCCGAUGAACUGCUGCCUUUAAACAAAGAUGACAAAGUAUCGAUGACAGGCAAAACUACGUCGAUCAAUCAAUCCGAAGAUGAUAGCAAAUCAGACGCGACUAGCAAGACAUUAAAGACAUUUAAGAUGAGGAAGAAUCGUAAAACAAGUAAAAAACAAAGUUCGGUAUAUAUUGACGAAGACGACGAAAAUGCGUCCCAAACGAGAAAAGGUUUGUCUCAACCAAAGAAAGGCACGAGAGCGAGGCAAUCCGGCAAAGUAAAGACAAUCGAUUCGAGCGAUAUCGAUUCGAACAAAUUAAAGUACGUCGGAAUUCACGCUAGAGUAAAUUCACGCGAGAGGGAAAGUCGGAAGAAAGACGCGACAAAGCCAGGCGUCGAGGAGACUAACAAUCGGGAAAACUCGACAUUGACAACAGCGACGAUCGAGGAACGUGAUCGUUCGAGCUUGAGCGCGGCAAACACGAGCUCUGCGAAUUGGUCCGGCGUGCUGGAAUUCGGAAAGGAGAUACGCGCGAAAAAGAAGAAAAUAAAGAAACUAAACGUGAGCACCGAGAAGAGUAAAAAGCUGCCUCAGUUAGUGGAAAAUAUCAAGCUGAGCAAUCAAUACGAUUUAAGUAAAAUAAUGCUGAGCGGUAAAACGAGUCGAGAUCAGGCAAACGUAUCUAAUCUACUAAAAGAGUCAAUUGGUCGGGAACAGGAUGCGGCUGAUAAGAGUCCGAACUUAUCAAGCAUAAAAACUCACUUGAAAGCAUCGACUGAAACAGAUGCUCGUAAUGAAGACGUAUCGUUUACCAAAGGCAAAGACAUCAACUCGACGAUUAACUUGCCGAUAGAAACGUCGUGUAUCACGCUGGAAGAAGGCGAAAGGAUACACAUAAGGCAUUUGAACAACGAUCAGGUAAACCAAAUUAUCGGUAUCGAGGAUUUUCAACAUGCCGAAAAUCAAUAUCGCGAAGAGAAUGUAGAAUUUGACGUUCAUCCUGCUUCAUUACUGUCGCCGCGGAAAAGACUGACGCCGGCGAAACUCAACAAAUCCACAGGAUGCAAAAAAAUAACGCCCACCGCCGCGCAAGCUUCUAUCAGAAAUUCUAAAAAUUCAGCAGACUUAACGAUCGAAGAUCGAAUUGCCGGGCUUGAAGAGAACAGCAGUGUGAAAAGGACGCCGGAAGAGGUUCCUUUUCAAUCUCCGUUAUCAGGUAGAUUAUCGUUGAGAAGAAAACCAGAUGUUAGCAAUAACACAAAUUCGCCGCUAUUCAGCCAACUCUCACUGGCCGACAGAGUGCUGCUUGACAGAUAUGAAAGUGAUGCGAGUGACUGCAGGAACGUCGAUUCGCGGGACAAAACGCAGUCUACUCGAAUGGCAGCUGUGAGACGUCAUUUGAACUUGGACGCUGGCGAUAUUGUCGCCGGAUCUGCGGCGCCAAGAAGCACUAGGAAUCAAGGACACAGAUUCUCUGUAAAGUUCAUACAACUGGGUACAUUGUUCAGACGAAGCAAUGUAAGAUACUUUUACUUGUACGCGACGAAAAGUGAACGAGCGCUGAGAGUCAAAUUUGACGUCGGCACAGUAUGCAACAUGCAGCAAUCGAUCAGCAGGCAGGAAAUGGAAUCCGAUGUCGCGCGUGAAGCGUUGCGCGACUUCGUAGCGUCUGCCAAUCCGUCGAAGGACUCGCAAAGUUUCAGCAAUAUCACUGUAAUAGAGAAUCUGCAUUUCGCGGAUAGCGUGAACGCGAAUGCGGCUGCUGUCCCGGAAGAUGCAAAGUUUUUCUCGGCAGCGACAACUCGCAAAGUUUCAGGGACUUCGACGUCGAGGACGGAUAUCGAUCGUGAUUUAAGUCGAAAAAGGAUCACGGCGGUCGAGCGCUCUUCAAUGAAGGCGAGUGAACGAUCGACCGAAUCGGCCGGCGACGCUGAGAAGCGCUCGCAGAAAUCUCUUCAUACGCUUCGCGCGCGUAGCGAUAACAGUACGAUUCGGAAGACUUCGCGCCCUUAUGCAAGCUCGACGAAUUCCGUUAAGCUGCUAUCGCCGGACAAAGAUUCGCAGUUGAAAUUUCUGGCAAUAGACUCUCCGACGAGCAAGAGCGAAGACUCCAAAGCCAGUUCGAUACGGCAGCAAGUCGCUAUCAAAGAAAGUAACUUCGCAGCGUCCACUAGAGUCGCAGCGGCACAAAAGUCUUACUGCGAAAGCUCCAGUAAAAAGAGGAAAAGAACGAGAUACGCUGGUGACGAAGGGCUAUUCGACGACAGCGACGAUUCCGACGUCUUGUUCGACGUUCCUACAAAGCUUAAAUGUAGCAGAUCAUUCCAUGGCGAAAAAUCGGAUUUGGAUGCGAAUAAAAAGCGCCGUUUGAAUUUUUCGGACGAUCAAAUUUCCAAAGUGAUCUCGAAUUCUGAGGAACAGCACGCGCCCAAGAAAAUAGUGCCGAUUCUCGACUCGGACACAGAAUCCAAGUUAUCAGCAAAUGUCGCAGAAAAUCGGAAGAGCCACAAAUUCGCAACAUCGGAAAUCAAAGAGUCGGAAGUAUCUGAAAGCAACAGCAUCUUCCAUUCGGACAAUUUGGACUUUAUGCUGCAAGAACUAAUGGAAUCGAACGGUAGUAAAACGCAGAAGAUCGCGAAUCCUUCUAACGAUGACAUUAUAAAUCGAGUGCUGCAGAUCGAUCAACCGCGCAGUGAUCCUGACGCGCGCCGGUCGCUGAGUUCCGCCGCGCUGAACGACAGAACGAGUCAGAGCAAAAAGAACAGCGGAGAUUACUUGCUGCAGGACAAUUUCGACGAGACCAUCGCCAACAUCGACCUGCCGCAAAGCGAGGAUAUGAUGUCGAGCAGCGAGCAGCCGGCUCGCAAUCAUAGCCGCACGCUGGUGGAACAGAAUACGCCGAACUGUCCCACGAUGACGGAUGAACCGCGCGACGCCACGCAGGAAACUCCGAUGAUAUCAUCGACGAACGACAUUUUCGAGCAUUCUUCCAGAAACACUAAAAAGUUGUCCGCGAGAAACGCUUCGGAAAAUUUCGACAAGGAAAACGCGAUAUCCCACGUCCACAAAAAACGCGAGUCAAUGGACGAUCGAGGGAACAAAAAAGGCACAACGACAAAACACUUUGUUGACACAAUUGAUAAGGAUUUUCAUCGAGAGAUUACGAAGCACAACGCAUCACACGAGAAGGAGAAGUCAUUCAGUCGCGCCGAGAGUCUCCAGACAGAUAAAAAACAUAAUGUUUCGACAAAUUCAUUGAGUCAGCUGGACGAAAACGACACGCUCAUGAACGUCACGCAGGAUCAGGCUCAUCUGCAAAUCUUUGAGCAGGACCUAUUCAGCAGCCCGUCUACACGAAAAACCACGCCGAAAGUGGCUUCCGAGAACGAUCGAGAGGUGCAGCGCACUCCGAAAAGAAGAAAGCUAAAUGACAGAGACGAGAAUGCAGCGGCAGAAGGACGCCACGCCGAAGAAGACGACAUUGUCGAGAACACUCCUGAGAGAACGAGGAAGAGUAGCGAAAGCAACAUAAAAACAGUUGAAUCGAGGAAAAGUACAUCACAUCUAUCAGCGAUUACGAUUACGAGCGGUAGCUCUGUAUACAACAUGAUGCCGCUGUGUGAAAGCACGCCAAAAGUAGCGCGUCCCGCCGCAAUCGGGCAGAGCAAACAGGAAACUAUUCUGAGCGGUAGUAUUUUGCUGCCGAAGCAGACGGACGGUAAGACGUCGGAGAACGUCCGUCAGCUGUCUGACAGACAACAGCUAUGCUUUGUAUGCACCAGCUUGUCGAAAGUUCAAGUAUCGCUCGUGACGGAACUCGCGGCGAAGCACGGCGCGAAUUACGUGAACCAGUUCGAUCGCAACGUAACGCACGUCAUCGUGAACACGACCGGCGAGCGGAACGUAGCCAGAAGCACGCUCAAGUAUCUCCAAGGCAUAGCUCACCGGAAGUGGAUAGUCAGCUAUAGGUGGGUCGAGGAUUGUCUCGAGCGAGAGAAACUGCUGGACGAAGGUCCCUACGAAGCGACUACGUUCAACGACGGCGUCAUCGGCGUUAAGGGCCCACGGAAUUCCAGACUGCGCGAGAAGGAUCUGUUUGAAGGGUUCACGUUUUUGUGCGUCAAACCGUAUAACAACGUCUCGCACAGCCAAUAUCAAGACUUGUUACUCGCCACUGGAGCCACGGUGGUCGAUUCUCUCGAAGAUCUCGCUAAGAAAGGAGGCAUGAAAGGCGUGGUAAUCCAGGACAAUACUCAUGAUAUUAAAACGAUCGAACGUUGGUAUCACACCGCCAAAGCGGCGCCCAUUAUCGUCGAAUGGAUAGUGGAAUGUAUCGGGCAAUACAAAUUGCUGAAGCUCGCAUCACAGUAUUUGUCGGUGGAGGACUUUCAGGCCAUCGGCUAUCCGCGAGAGCUCGUGGAAGAAUACGAAGAAUACAGUGACGAUGAGAAUUAAUAUAAAAGAGGUAUAUUUUUUGAAUAAUCAUUAUUGACUUGCAUCAUUAUAUAUUUUCGACAAUCUAAUGUUCAUCACUAUGAUAGUAUUAUUAUGUUUAAGUUACGUUAGCACUUACGAAACCUACUCUCUAAAUUUUUUGAAAUUUUUACUAUAAUCAUGGAGUCACUGACCAAUUCACUCCAUGUGGAGUUAGCGCUCCAAACUUCACUCCAACUUAAAGCGAAAUCGCCUUCUCGUUGGUAGUGUCAGAACCGGGAGAGGUUAAUGUAUUUUGUAUGUAGUUCGGGACAGUGAAAGUAAUUAAUUUCUAUCGAAAACAUUAACCAAAUCCCAGACAAUACGCAUGUCCAAAAUUUUUAAUAUGUCUUAUGUCGGGACAUAAGACGUUUUAAAGACAUCGUGUCAAAAAGAUGUAAAAAAUGACGUCUUUAAAAUGACGUCCCGAUUUCAUUUUUUCGAAAAGUGAAAUUUCACUCCAUUUCGACUGGCAGUAUUUUCAUUGUUACUUGGAGUGACUUUUCACUCCAAAAGAGAUUCCACUCCAAGAAAUUUAGAGAGUACAUAACUGCGUGAAUUAAACUUCAAUCAUUUGCCAUAUCUAUCGUUAUAAUAUUAACUGUUACAUGCGGAUUAUAUUGUUUCCUUUUUUAUAUACAGUAUAUAUAUGUU